UAUUAUGACGAUAUAGAAUGUUUAUGGUGUAUAAACAUUACUUACUUUAAUCUAUACUCCUGUUUAUAUGAUAAACUGCUAUAAAGCCUAAUAAGAUAUUUACAAAUCCUCGUAAACCUUUUCUAUACAAUAAUGAAAUAAGUUUUAUUAAAAACAAUUUCAUUUUACUGAGUAAUGAAUGAUUUUAAAUAAACUAGCAACGUUGUUCCAGAACUUUCCUUGUAUUAUUUUUAAAUAAUUUAAAAAUUUUAUCGUUUUUAGUAAUAAAAUAAUUGGACAAAGUAUAAUUUCCCUCUUUGCUUCAUACCACAUUAUACACUUACAAAUAUAAAACUGUAAUAUAAGUGUUUUUAUAUUAACUGUGUAUGGUCUAAAAUAAAGGUAAUAUUGACUUGUAUCAAUGAGUCCUAGACAAGAGUUAAUUUUCAAAAGAUAUAUUUGUAUUGAAGAAAAACUCUAAUUUAUACAUCAUUUUAUCAGGAAAAAUGAUUUCUAGUAAUACUGAAAAAAUUACGCAUAAAUUAGUCUUAUUAAACAGUUUCACGUAACUGUAAUUAAUUAAAUAUCAUUGUAUAGUUUGAUAGUCAUCAGGAAGUAAUCGUAUUACAAAACUUCAAAAAACCUAAUCCGUAAAUGGUUCCACAGAGAUAUGAUGAGUAUUAUUUAAAAAUGCUAUUAAUACUUUGCAUGCGUUGUGGAAAUUUAAAUUAAGCCAUGUUAUUGUAUGUAAUUUACAAGAUCUAUGUGGUUAAAAAAAAAAGAACGUUUUAUGGCUAAUACCGAAUAAGGGGAAAAAGUUAUUGAAUCAAGACAAUUCUAUUUUAUGCAACUAGUAACGCGUGCCAUGAAUUAUACGUUGUAUAUCAGCUGUUACACAGAAGACCGAAGACCAUAAUAUCAAAUUUGAAAGCGAAAUGCAAGCAUUCCUGAGCGCAUAGUCUCAGGCUGCUUGCGAUUAGUAUUCUCUACGCUUUGUGUCUCGCAUGACGGAAACGUUACACUUACAACUGGGCUUAAAACUACACCGAAUUACGUAACAGUGAAAGCAUACCGGUGGUCAACAGGAAGAAUUAUUGACCGAUUUUAUCUCCAUUUUCUUAACGUUACACGUUUCGUGAUGCUUAUCUUUUUUUUCAGUAACUCGAAGAUUGAAAAUAAAUUUUUAUAUGAACGAUUAUUCUGGACGCCUAGAAUUUUUAACUGAUUGUAUGAAAAAAAAAUGGCGAAGUGAUUCAGAAGAGAAUUUAAAGAUCGUAUUCGUAGAAAUUGGAGCGAGAAAUUAGGACAUUAGGAAUGAAAAGUUUUAAUGUGUUCAAUAUUGCGAUAUUUUUAUCAAAUGUUUAAUUUAUGUAAUAGAUUGUAAGAUUUUAAGAAGAUGGCCUCUGGCGCUCUAUGCGCAAUUUACAGAUCCAGAGAGGAUUUUCUUAGAGUAGAACUAUAUUUGCAUAUAUUUUCUUUAUCUGUAUACAUUACUUUCUUUAAACAGUUUUAAAUAAGUGCAUCAAUGCGUACAUUAUUUUAAUUUGAUUAAUAUGCGUAUCAAUAACAUGAAUAGUAAUGUGUGCAUAGUAUUGGGGUAGUAAUAAUAAACGGGUAGUCUUUCAGAUUUAUUUCUAAACGAAGUAAAUCACCUACAGUGAAAAGAUUUAUUGUAAUAUAUUUGAAAUAUAGUAGAACUAUAUUUGCAGAUCGACUGGGCGUUUAAUAAUGUGUUCUUUAUCUGUAUAUAUUACUUUCCUUAAACAGUUUUAAAUAUGUGCAUCAAUGCGUACAUUAUUUUUAUUUUAUUAAUAUGUAUAUCAAUAGCAUAAAUAGUCAACUCACAACUAACUGAAAAUAUAUACAGUGCAUUUCCAAGAAAAUGAAUACAAAUUGUAAUUUUAACACUGCUUGUGUGAAUCUUAAAGCCCUAGAAAAACAUUUUCUGACUCUGUACGUAACAUACAUAUACAAUUCUAUAAGUAAUGUGUGCAUAGUAUUAGGGUAGUAAUAAUAAACGGGUAGUCUUUCAGAUUUGUUGGACUGUAUUCGGGCAAUAUUUGAUUCCUGUCAGUUGGAAAUCUUUGCUUUUAACAGUUUCUACGUUUAGAAGUCGAUUAUUUUGUACAAAAAGUACCGUGUAAUUUGGGGGAUAGUACGCUUUGGAGACAUUGAAAGCUGUCCCCCUCGGUGCACACAUGUGGAGAGUCGAAAACGAGAGCGAAACUUUUGCUUCGACGACGGAGGCGUGUCACGUACAAAAGUUCUCGAGGCUGUUUGCGAUGCAUCGAGGGCUGCGAUGAGCAUCGAUUCACGUACGACAAACGACCACCCUGUGGUUCCUAUAAAUACCUUUGUCACUGGAACCCGAACAGUCAGUUCCCUUCUUCACUUUCGUUCGACCAUAACGUUACAUUGUACUCGAUCAACAUGGUUAUCAAGAAAGUAAUGAUCCUGAUGGCGAUUGGAGUUUUCGCGACGUGCAGAGGUGCCGCAGUUGCCGUGCCAGCUUUGCCAGUGGCCAAGUUCGCGCCGGUGGAUCCAGGCUUGAAUUAUGAUCCUCACCCGCAGUACACUUAUGCCUACGACGUACAAGACAGCCUAACCGGGGAUUCGAAAAGCCAACACGAGACAAGGAAUGGCGAUGUUGUCAGUGGCAGUUACAGUUUUAUCGAGGCUGAUGGUACACGGAGGAUCGUCGAGUACACGGCGGAUCCUCUGAAUGGAUUCAACGCCGUUGUGCACAGGGAACCGGUGGCGGUCAUAAAACCCGCUGUCAAGGUUGCUCCUGUCCUCGUCGUACUCUUAAGCUUGGCGGCUGUUACGAAGGGAGCCUUGGUGGCCACAUUGCCAGCAGUACCUGCUCCCGUCGUGGGAGCCGUGCCUGCGGCGAAACUCGAGGAAUUGGACGCGAUUCCCCAAUACAGUUUUGCGUACGACGUCCAGGAUGCUGUCACAGGGGACUCGAAGGCUCAGUACGAGACUAGGAACGGCGACAUAGUGCAGGGUAGCUACAGCUUGAUUGAAGCAGACGGUACCCGUCGCAUCGUGGAAUACACGGCAGACCCAAUAAACGGAUUCAACGCAGUAGUCAGUCGGGAACCAGCCACAGCUCUGGCUGCCAUUGCUGCCCCAUUGGCGUCCUACGCACCUGGCAUCGUUCCAGCAGCAGCAGGCGCACCUGUUUUCCCUGCACCACCUGCACCAGCGCCAGCGAUCCCCGCUGCUGGACCAGACUCUGACGUCGAGGUCGUUGAAGCUAGAUCCGGUCCCCUGGUCGCAGCUGCGCCGACAACGCGCGACCAACAGCUUCGACAGCAACAGGAACAACAGCUGCAACAACUGCGCGAACUCGAGAGGCAGCAACGGGAACAGCAGCAGCAGCAACUCAGGCAACAGCAGCAGCUUCAACAACAGUCCAGACUGCAGUUGCAGCAGCAGAUUCAAUCGAGACAACAGGAUAGGCUGGAUCAAGGAAGGAGACAACAAGAACAAGAGCAACCCCAGAGACUGCAGCAAGCUCGAUCACAGGAACAACAACAAGAUGCACCAGUGAAGGCUGUUGCUGCCCCGGUGCAGGUGCCCAUUGCUCAACGACUGGUUGGACUACCUCCAGCAAACGUCAUCACCAGCUACGCCAACUACCCCUUCGCCUACGCCUACACGUCUUCCUAUUCCUCGCCUUUGGCAUACGCAGCGCCCAUCUCUUACGCACCUACCGCUCCAAUUCUUUGAAAUGUUUUUUUUUAUUUUUAAUUUGAAUUGUUAUCGCACACGACCGCAAAAUUGAUAUCGAUGUUUGACUUACAAAGCUCGAAAUAAAUCUCGCUUUCAAUCACCUGCGGAGUAGCCGGUUUAUGUACUCGAGUUCCUGUGAUUUAUUUCUUAACGAUUCUCAGCUCUGUUAUCAGCGUACUUUAUCCGAGAAAUCUGUAAAGUUUGUAUUAUCUGUAAAGUAUAUAAUAUUUGACAAAUAAUCUCGCGAAUGUUUCCAGUGGCGAAUAAAAGACGAACAGAUUUUAAUUUUAAGUGGAGAAUUGUAUUUCGCGAUGGAGGAAUAAACAUUUGUUCCAAUGAAUGUUUAAUGGAACAGAGUUGCGAACAAAUUCCUGCACGUUCAUUUUAUUCGCCGUUUUUCGUUCGAGUAAAGUUUCAACUACCUCUGAUUCUUUCAAGAUUCGUGGGAGUAUUACAUCUCGCAAGGAAAUGAAAUAUUCAUGAGAAAGUAACGAGUUGAACUACUUUAUGUAUUUAAUGAGUGUACAAUGUAUAUACUCAAACACCAAACUAAAUUUAAGUUUACUGUUCGAUCGAUUACAGUGGAGUACAUUAAAGUUCAGAUAACUUGUUUUAUAUUUUCGAUCAUUACUUCGACUAACGAUAGAAGAAAGUACAAUCAGUGAAAGAUAAUAUAAAUAUCAAUUAAAGUUAUAAAUUAUAUAAAUAUCACGUUAAAUGUGAAAUUUCCUUAUAAUUUAAUAUUUUCGUUUGCAUCAACUUCUUUUUGUGAUCCGAAGUAACAAGCUACAUAAUUAAACAAGCUAUUUAAUUUUUUCAUACUACAUUUAUAAAAUACACGAAGUAAUAAAUGUGUAUCUACAUACACUCGUGAAUAUAAGUCUUCGAGUAAUUUUGCACUGCACCAUUUACUUUUGUAAAUUAUUCAAGAUUGCUUAAAACCGGUCUCCUCGUUUUCACAUUUCGCAUUUACAAUUCCAAGAACUCUAUUUUCACGUAACUUGGCCGAAAUAAAUUUUUGUUUGUACAAUUGCGCAAAAUUCAACGAAUGUACUAUUUUUGGACAUUUUUACUAGCGACGAUAACUGAUAAAUGUUUGGUUUCGUAUCUCGUUCGUUAUCCUCUUCGAGCAGCCGUUCCAGUUCUACCAAUUCCGAGAAAAAGUUCUUCGCUCGUGCUUUGCAUAUUGAUAAUUGGUGGUCUCAAUUUUCGAACAUUAUGCGGGCCACUGUCGUAUUGCGAAAUCCAUACAGCGAGUGACUUUAGUAGUUGACCACUUCGCAAUUUUUACUUUGACGCUUUGCAAUUUUGUUUGUGACGAACUAAUUAAAGGACAAUUUAUAUUAACACUUUAUCUACCGAGCUAUUUAGAAACAGUCUUUAAUUCAAAAAAGAAUUUUCUAUACUAGCAUAUGCCAAUACAAGCUGAUAAUAAUUUCUCAAUACUGUUACUAGAUACAUUGAAAGCCAAGUCUGUUUCCAAACAUUGAACAUUGUAAGUAGACAACCAUCAACACAGUAAAUAAAUUCGAAUAGCUAAAUACUGCAGUUAAAAAGCCUAUAAAUAGGCUCCCGGUAAAUAAAGUGUUAAGAUAUUGAGUUCAGUUAUUAAAAAAUAGUAAAUAGUAAAAGUGACUCCUUUUUUCACGAAUAUUUAUUGGAGAAGAUACAUUUAACGCGCAAUGGGACAUUAAUAUUAUAUACCUAUCUUUCGAUUUACAUUGAUUACUCAAAUUCCAUGUAGAAAUCAUAAUUUUUGUAAUAAAGAACCGACAAAUUGAAAAUUACUUGAGAAUUACAUUUACGUAUUCCAAGAACAGUAGAAAUGAAGUAGAAAUGGAAAAAGAAAAAAUACCAGUCUAUAAAAUAACAAAUACAUAAAGGUAAAUUUAAUCAUUUUAAUUUUCAUUUCUACUUUAACUAGUACAUUCCAAGCGUCAGAAUAUUAAAGUAAUCCCAAAAGUAGACAUUGGUCUGUGCGUGACUCAUUUUAUAACAAACUU